AUGCUCUGGCUUGUGCCCAAUCAUCGCGUGCAGUCGAAUCGCGCGCCAAAAGGGACGGUUCCAACACUGACCCUUGAAGAAUCAAUCAAUCAACGACAGUCAACCAGUCACUGGAAUCCAGCGUUUGAGAUGAUCCUCGAUUUUAUUCGAUCCGCUCCUGUCCUCUUGUCCCCCAUCAAGGUCGGGAUGACAGGCCAGGUUUUCCUAGUGGCUUACCAGUUAUCCCUGUGGAUGCUCCUGCUGGCUGAAAUGUCUGUCCUUGCAGCAGUCCAGCCGCCCUGCACCACCACCUUAAUUGCAAACAUACCGACCCAUUGA